AACAAAGGUAAUGGUCCCACCUUCUAGUAUGGAUGUCACUGUUGGAGAAAGCAUUGUUCUUCCUUGCCAGGUGACACAUGAUCACUCGCUGGACAUUGUAUUCACUUGGUCAUUUAAUGGACACCUGAUAGACUUUGACAAAGAUGGGGACCACUUUGAAAGAGUUGGAGGGGAUUCAGCUGGUGAUUUGAUGAUCCGAAACAUCCAACUGAAGCAUGCUGGGAAAUACGUCUGCAUGGUCCAAACAAGUGUGGACAAACUCUCUGCUGCCGCAGACCUGAUAGUAAGAGGUCCUCCAGGGCCUCCAGAAGCUGUGACAAUAGAUGAAAUCACAGAUACCACUGCUCAGCUCUCCUGGAGUCCUGGGCCUGACAACCACAGUCCCAUCACCAUGUAUGUCAUCCAAGCCAGGACUCCGUUCUCCGUGGGCUGGCAAGCAGUCAGUACAGUUCCAGAACUCAUUGAUGGAAAAACAUUCACAGCAACCGUGGUGGGUCUGAACCCCUGGGUUGAAUAUGAAUUCCGCACCGUUGCAGCCAAUGUGAUUGGCAUUGGGGAGCCGAGCCAUCCCUCAGAGAAACGGAGAACAGAAGAGGCCCUCCCUGAAGUCACCCCAGCUAACGUCAGUGGUGGUGGAGGCAGCAAAUCUGAACUGGUUAUAACCUGGGAGACAGUCCCUGAGGAAUUACAGAAUGGCAGAGGCUUUGGUUACGUGGUGGCCUUCAGGCCACAUGGCAAGCUGAUUUGGAUGCUGACAGUCCUGGCCUCAGCCGACGCCUCCAGAUAUGUGUUCAGGAAUGAGAGCGUGCGCCCCUUCUCUCCCUUUGAGGUUAAAGUGGGUGUCUUCAACAAUAAAGGGGAAGGUCCAUUCAGUGCCCCCACAUUAGUGUAUUCUGCUGAAGAAGAACCCACCAAACCACCAGCCAGCAUCUUUGCCAGAAGUCUUUCUGCCACAGAUAUUGAAGUUUUCUGGGCCUCCCCACUGGGGAAGAAUAGAGGCCGAAUUCAAGGUUAUGAGGUAAAAUAUUGGAGACAUGACGACAAGGAAGAAAAUGCUAGAAAAAUACGAACAGUUGGAAAUCAGACAUCAACAAAAAUCACCAACUUAAAAGGCAGUGCACUGUAUCACUUAGCUGUCAAGGCAUAUAAUUCUGCUGGGACAGGCCCCUCCAGUGCAACAGUCAAUGUCACCACUAGAAAACCACCACCAAGUCAGCCCCCUGGAAACAUCAUAUGGAAUUCAUCAGACUCCAAAAUUAUUCUGAAUUGGGAUCAAGUGAAGGCCCUGGAUAAUGAGUCGGAAGUAAAAGGGUAUAAAGUCUUAUACAGAUGGAAUAGACAAAGCAGCACAUCUGUCAUUGAAACAAAUAAAACAUCAGUGGAGCUGUCUUUACCUUUUGAUGAAGAUUACAUAAUAGAAAUUAAGCCAUUCAGCGAUGGGGGAGAUGGCAGCAGCAGUGAACAAAUUCGAAUUCCAAAGAUCUCAAAUUCCUACGCAAGAGGAUCCGGGGCUUCCACUUCGAAUGCGUGUACACUGUCAGCCAUCAGCACGAUAAUGAUUUCCCUCACAGCCAGGUCUAGUUUAUGACAAAAGUCAUCUAAAGGACUUGUUAUUUAUAAUAUAAGCAACAUUUAGCUAGUUGUUUUGAAGACACCCAGUACUAAGUAAUAUUGUUGUUCAAGUACAUCUUAUUACUGGAAAAAAAUGUUUUUUGCUUCUUUAGGAAUGGCGUUAUGCAGUACUUCCUCAAAGCAAAUCUAGCUUUGUCUGAAGUUUCUUUGGAAACUCUGCAAUGCACUGAAGACAUCUGUAAUAUGAUGUUACCAAAGCAGUUUACAUGUCCUUAUAUGCAUAUUUUUAUUAUAUAUUUAGUGUUUUAUAGAAUUUUUUAAAGUUAACAUAUAAUGUAGAUAUUAAUUUUUUCCUCUGCUGUAAAAUGCUAUGGGUAACAACCAUACAAUUAUGAUUUGAGAAUAUUUCCUUUAAAAACAGAGUGUGAAACUCAUCUUGGUAAAUAAAUUGCAAAUGACUUGCACAGUUUUACAAGGAUUUAGUGGCAGAACAGCUGGAGAGUUGGUCUAUAACCCAAGGCUGCUGUGUAUAAAUUACUCUUUGAAUGGUUAAUGCAUUGAAUCAAGUACUUUUGGCACAUACAAUAUGUUUUCUUACCCUGUUGUGAAUUUUGUCAUUCAACACAACUUGAGAUGGCUUCAGGAAUGGCUACAAAUCUCAAAAGCUAAUCUUACUGCCUAAGAGGCACCUUGUGCAAUACCUCCCAUCCUUGAACUUAGCAUCGUACAGUAAGACUUUCUUUUAGCAUUGUCUUUGUAGUAGCAUAAUCUCAGACAUUGAAUUUAAAGUUACAUAUCCUGUAGUAACAUAGACCAAAAGUUACUAUAGUCAUCAAAGACUUUCAAAGGAGAAAAGAUAAUUUUACUAUCUUUAAAUGUAUUUGUUUGAAUGCAAAUUUUAAAAAAGUAAUUCUCUGUCAGUGUAUUCAUAAUUUCUUUACAAAAUUUCUUAUAAAUAAGAUGUGUAUCUCUGUAAGAAUAGAGCCCUUCUUUUGAAAAAACACUCACGUAUGGAGUUUGAAGGAUUUGUCCUCUUUCAGCAAAUAGCUGCUGCAAACAAUUUUUCAUAUGACUCUAUAAAAGAUCUUUAGUACAAUUGUAUGGUAACUUGAUGAUUCUCCUGUUUUGCAAUAGCUAGCCUAGUUGCUUUAUAAGCUUUACCUUCUAAGUCUUAAAACUACACAUUGGAAAAUGACAAUAUCACAAAACUGUAUUCUUAUGAAAAGAACUAUUUGUUAUGCUGGGGGAAGUUUUGUAAGCUGACACUAGUGGAACAGUGAUAUAAAAGGCAAUGAGGUUUUCUAUACAAAUAUUCACCUGUAAACACACUACCACCUUUUAUUCUUUCUCAGAGAACUCACAUUUGCCUGUAAUUUGUCAUUCUUGCGUACAAAUAACGUAAGUUAACUUUUCAACCUUCUAGUUAUAUUCAUCCAAUAAAGUCAUAAUCAGGAUUCCACUUGUGUAAAAAUUAGGGUGGUAACCAGAAAAAAAUAUUGUCAGUAUUUCAAGCUGUGUUCCUUUCUUAGUUUGAUAUGAUUACUUCUAUGUUAAAAUAAGAUUUAAAAAUCACACGCAAAAAAAAUCAACAAAAUAAUAAAAUGAAUGAAAAAAAAUGAUACCCCAGGUAGUUCCCAACCCCAGUGUAAAUUAUAUUUACCAGUGAUCUAGCAAAUGUAAUCUUUUUUUAAAGGUAUUGUUAAUAAAUAUUCUGUUAUUUGUAAAGA